GAUUAAACAUGCUAAAAAAUGGUGUCUGCAGUGUGCUUCCAAUCGCCAUUGUUCAAUUGAAGAGGCCAAACAAAUUGCACAUAAUAGAAAUGGUAAGUGUCUCUCUGAAAAAUAUAUAAAUAGUUAUACACCACUUUCUUGGCAAUGUGCUAUGGGUCAUAAAUGGUCUACUUCUCUUGCUCAUAUAAAACAUUAUAAUAGUUGGUGUCCAGAUUGUGCACAUAAUAGACAUCUUACUCUUGAAGAAGCUAAACAAAUUGCACAUAGCAGAAAUGGCACAAAACGUCUUACUCUUGAAAAAGCUAAACAAAUUGCACAUAGCAGAAAUGGUGAAUGUCUUUCUGAGAUAUUUGUUAAUACUCGUUCACCUUUAUUAUGGAAAUGUGUUAAAGGACAUGAAUGGUAUUCAACACUUAAAAGUAUCAAAAAUAAUACCUGGUGCCCAUUUUGUCAAAAUAAGCGUGAAAAACUUUGUCGUGAAAUUGUAACAAAAUAUCUUGGAUCUCCAUCAGAAAAUCGCUGGCCUGAUUUCUUAAGAACAUUAGAGCAUCCAAAUGGAUUGGAACUGGACAUUCCCUAUUAUCAUUAUGGUUUUGCUAUCGAAGUACAAGGAGAACAGCAUGAAAAAUAUAACGAAUUUUUUCAUAAAGGAGAUCCUAAUAAUUUUGUCCAGCAACAAAAGCAGGAUCAACUCAAGAAUGAAUUGUGCAAAGAAAACUGGAUUGUUUUAAGGUAUGUCUGGUAUUAUGAAGACCCAUAUAUAGUUAUUCCAGAGCAUCUUCGAGAAUUGG